GGACCGUCUCCUUACUUUUCUGUUUACAAACCCCAACAUGGAGGCGGCCGAAGCUGAACGGCCGACGCCGGGGCGCGAAUCUGCCCCCACGCCCAAGGGAGGGGCAGAGGCCACUCCUAAAACCAAGAGGAGCUACGUCAAGCUACCGCCGGGAAGAAAGCUUGAAUUAUUAAAGAUGCUUGACGCGGGCGUGAGCAAGGAGGUGCUGAUGAAGGAGUUCUCGGUGUCCAGAACGACGCUGUACCUCUACAAGAUGAACAUUGACAAGAUGAAGCACCAGCUGAUGACCUCCCUGCCUGGGGGUAGCGGCGGCCCCAGGAGGAAGCGGAAGAGGAGGACGAGGCUCGGCUGGAAGAAGGUCCUACCCCAGACUGACGACGAGGAGAUGGUAAUCAGCCCCAAGGUGGAGCCUCAUCAACCAGAGGAGGAGACCAAACCAGAGACUCCACCCAUAGAAGAACCUUUACCACCUCCACAACCACCACCUCCACCUUCAGAAUCUGCGCCACCUUCACCUUCGGAGUCUGACACUUUCCAGCCCCUCCUGCCUCCCCCUCUAGCACCUGCACCCGUCACAAACCACAGUAGGCGUGGCAAACGAAAGCGCAAGUCUAUCAACCUUCCAAGAAAGCACAGCAAGAAUCGAUGGUUCAAACUGUGCCAGCCAAUAGCAGGAGUGCCACAGCUGUCCACCAUUACAGCUGCACCCAAACUGGCUCCCUCCUCUCCCAGCUUCCCCAUAGAAGACACUGGUGGUCUGGAUCAGACAGACAAGUUCAAGGGUGAGGGUAGGACAAGAGCCAGUACCAGCACACCACAUGAUUCCUCCACAGCCCCUAGACUCAGGCCUCUCGGUCAGCCAGCCCACAUGGAGUCAGGCAUUGCUGGUGGUAAAGGAGACCAACUUCAUGUACAGCACAACUUCCACUCCCAGAAGAUCCUUGAGGUUCUGACCUGUGAUGAGACCUUCAUUGAUGUCACCCUUACUGCUGAGGGACGCUCUGUUCGUGCACACAAGCUAAUCCUGUCCGCUAUGAGCCCCUACUUCCAGGAGGUACUACAGACCAACCCUUGCCAGCACCCUGUCAUCAUUAUGCCCAGGACAGUGCGCUUCUCACACCUCACUCAGAUCAUUGAUUUCAUCUACAGGGGAGAGAUCACCUUGCCAGAGGAAGAGCUCAGGUCAUUGCUGAACACUGCUGAACACCUGCAGAUCAGUGGCUUCUCCACACCAGAGAUUAUGAAGCUUCUUGGCGAGACACCAUCAGGCAGUGACAACACCACCCUCACCCCCACUGCCUCCACCUCCCACCUCACACACCUCUCAGAGGAAAUGAUACAUGCAGGGAGGUCUGUGGAGGUGGAGCUCGAUGUUGAGCCUGUGCGUGGCAUAGGGAGGGGAAGAGUAGGGUUGCGGAGGGGUAGAGGGGGAAGGAGGACCAGAGGAGGAAGGAGGGGGAGGGGUGGGAGAGGUGGCCGGAUGAAGGCUAGUGAGGAUAUCAUCUCAAGUUGUGGACAAAGGCUGGUGAGAGCUUCCCAAUACUCACCUCCUAUCUCCACUUCCCUCAGUCCUUCCCGCACUCCAUCCCCUUCCCUGCCUCCACUCCCUGCCUCCCCUGAGCCUUCCCACAGCCCCCAAGUGAGACUCAGCAGCACCAGGGCUUUCCAGAGGAUGGAGGGAGGGCAGUUGCGACAUCCUGUGGAUGACCUGAUGAGCUGCACCCCUGGCACUGUGCUAGGCAUGGAUGUUGACAUCGACAUUGUGAAGGAGGAAGUGUUGAGUGAGAGUGAGGACAAUGUGAGUGAGGCAGGUGAGAACAUGGUGUUCAUUGUGGAGGGUGAAUCACUGCUCCAGCAAGACUCCCAUCACUCAACCCUCACAUGUGGUACUCUGCAGGCCACACCCAUGCAAACCCAGCCACCACCACUCUUCACCACUGCCACUCAGCCGCUGCUGCCCCGUACUGCACUGUUCAGCAGUGUGGUGAGUGGCAGUGCUGACCAAGCUGUCAGCAUUGCACUUCCACAUACUGUACCUGCCACCACUCUGGCACCGACAGUACCUCUGUUUGGAGGCCGCUUUCAUAUAACAUCCCAACCUGUCAGCCAGGGCAGUCAGGGGAUAAAUGUGGCAUCCAUUAGUAGUGUUUCCCAUGGAGUUGGUUCCCCAGCACCUCCUAGUAAUGGCAGCUACAUGGUGACCUCCCCAGCCUCUCCCAGUGAGGCUAGUUUUGAGGCAGCCUCCCCAGCACCCCAGAGUGAGGCCAGCUAUGCCAUGGGGUCUCCUGGGCAUCACAAAGGCCCCUCAGCCACAUCUCCAGCCCCUCACAGUGAGAGCAGCUAUGAAGCAACUUCCCCAACGCUGCAGAGUGAGGCAAGCAUGUCAGAUGAGGAGCCCUCCUCACCUCAUGACAUAGCCUCUUCUCCACUGCAGGCCCAUGCAAGUGACUCUCUACCACACAUCACUACAGAGGCCUUUGCAAGGACCUCACCAAUACCCACUGGAACAUGCAGUCUGGUUACUCUGCAGGCUCCACCAAGUACCGAGGCUAUCUCACAGCCAGCCAUCAGUCCCAUUGCCACCUCAAGAGCACCAGCCAGCCCUAUACCAGCUCCUCCCAGCCCCAUGGACACUUCACAAGUCACAUCAAGUCCUAAAACUAUAUCAAAGUCUUCAACCAGCCCCAUGACAUCACAAGCUUCCAAAAGUCCCACAACAACCUCCCAAACACAGGCCAGUCCCAUUUCUAUCCCACAGACAUCACCCAGCCCUGUAACUUUUGCACCACAUAGCCCUAUGACUUCCCUACUUAUUCCAAGCAGUCCCAUUACCAUCUCACAAACCCCUCACAGCCCCAUGACUACCUCUCAAACACCACCCAGUCCCAUUAUCACAUGUCAAGCAUCUACCAGUCCUAUGACCACCUCACAGACUCCAUGCAUCCCCAUGUCCAUCUACCAGGCUCCAUGCAUCCCCAUGACCAAAUCAGCAUGUAGCCCCAUGACAUUUUCACCCCCACCUAGUCCUGUAGCCUUACCACCACUCCCUUCAAGCCCCACACCCACAUCCCAACCCUUACACAGCCCAACAAUUACUUCACUGUCACCACAGCAACCUCUACAUACCACCACAAUCACUAUACAGACCUCACAUAGCCUUGCACUCACCUCACAGCCUCAACACAGCCCUACACUCACAUCACAGACUGCACUCAGCCCUAGACUCACCUCACAGCCUGCAUACAGCCCCAUUACCACUUCACAACCCUCACAGAGCCCAAUUCCCACUUCACAACCCCCACAGAGCCCAAUUCCCACUUCACAACCCCCACAUAUCCCCAUUCCCACCUCACAACCCCCAAAGAGCCCCAUUCCCACCUCACAACAUGCACAGAGCCCAAUUUCCACCUCCCAACCCCAUCACAGCCCCAUUCCAACCUCACAAUCCUCACACAGUCCUGUUCCCACCUCCCAACCCCAACACAGCCCUAUUUCUACAUCCCAACCCUUACACAGCCCCAUUCCCACCUCACAAUCCCCACUCAGCCCCAUUCCCACCUCACAACAAGCCCCACUUAGUCCCAUCCUCACCUCUCAGUCCUCACUUGCUCCAUUACUGAUCUCACAACCCUCACACAGUCCCAUGCUCACUUCACAAUCUACACCCAAUCUUACACUCACCUCACAGUCCUCACAUAGCCCCACUCUCACCAUUCAUCCCUUGUGCAGCCCCAUGGUCACCAAAGCAGUCUCCAACAACAGAGAGGCUGUUGGGGCACCAGUAAGUAUGGUGCAGAGUGUGGCCCCACAACAAAGGGACACCUGCACCACAACCUCUCCACCACCACCAGUACCACCACUCACCUGUGAUGCACCCUUGACCAUGGUGAAGGAGGCCUGUAGUGAAGCUGCCUCAUCACCCACCACUGGCUUGAGACAUCAAACUGUUUCCUCCUCACCACCACCACCUCCACACUGCAGGCCUAGCCACCCGUCACCUCAGGGGAAAGUUACCAUGGCAGGGUCUCCACCACAUCCUGAGGCUGGUAGAGGAUCAGUAGGACCCUCCCCACCCACUCAGCAAUCCCCAGCCUCUCCCUGUGUGGCUGCCAGCCUGCCUCACACCUCUGGCAGCAGUGGUGUUUUGGCUUCACCGCCACACAAGGCCACCACUGAUUCUGCUGCCCUACUGAGUGGUGGUGCUACCUGCCUAGCUUCCCAACAACCCACAGUCUCCACCCCAUCAAGCUCACCUUUAUUGUCCACAGCGUGUACCAUCACCACUGCAACCUCCACAGCUAGUCCACCCCAGCACUGUGAUGACCUGGCACCAGAGAUUAGCAGCACACCUCUGCGGCACGACCUGUCUGGCUGCUGGGGUGCCAACCAGUAUCAGCCCAGCUGUGAGACUAUUCCCCUGCAGUACCCAGAGACCAGUUCCCUCCACUACAGCAGUGACCUUGGUAGCUUCCAGAUCAGUCAUGGCCAGUACAGUGGUUUGGGUUAUCAGACCAAUGCCCCUCCAUACCAGCCCAGCUAUGAGACCAUUUCGGGCCAAUACGGAGAGCCCAGCUAUGAGGCCAGUCCCCCACACUAUACCAAGCUGGGGUACAGCCCCAGCACACCUCAAUAUGUCACCCCUGUCUGCCAGACUAGCCCUCUGCAGCAAUACCAGCCAAACUUUGAGGCCAGCACCCUGCAGUACAGCGAUCCACCUGCCCUGGACACUUUGCCCACAUCUGCCCCAUUCAGCAUGGCUGGAUGUGAGCCAAGGAACCAGCCCACCGUGGCUGCCCCUGCAACCUCCCCCACCUUGUACUAUGAUCCCAGCUGCCCUGACUCCCCUCACCACUUGCAAUACUCCCAGCUGUAAGGAACACACCUAGCAGGACACCUCUAGCAGGGGACACUUGCCAUACAAGGAUAUAUAUAGUGGUGUGUGUGUGCAUGCCUGCCUGCCUGCCUGUAUCUGGGAAUGGUGAUGCCCAGCAGUGAGGCAGCACACACACACACACAUGUUCAAGGAGACCAGAGCUUGCAUAACUUGACUCUUAGUUACCUGUAAUGUACUAAUUGUGAUUUAUAUACUUUACAAUUUAGAGCAGCUUUUGAAUAAUGAGUAAUAUGAGCAAUGUUUGCUGAAUGUAAAUAUAAGUAUGUGUGCCACUCAGUGUUGGGUGAGUUACUGCCACAGGAAGUGUGAGCCACUUCUUGGUGUUACCUUCCCUCACCAAUUACAUUUGCAUAAUGGAGACAUUGAUGCUUCACUUCUCUCCUUGCAUUUGUAUUGUUGUAAAUGCAGAUUCAGGCUCUCUCUUUCUCUGCAACACAGCAGCUGUUAGAUAUUAUUGCAUUUGUAUUAUGUAGUUUAAUGAUUUAAAAAAUCAGUAUUUCUGUGUUUGUGUGUAUGUAUGUGUAUGUGUGUGCAUAUGAGAGAGUAUAUGUAGUACAAUUAUGGAAUACAUGAGUGAGGUGGAGGAAAAAUAUUGAAGUACAGUUGUCCAGUUCUCAUAUUUCACAAAAUACUUCAGACAAAUAAUGAGUAUCAGCCAUUGAUCUGCUGCAACCUCUACAUUCUUGGAUAUUAGUCUUUAUGGAGCUCUUCAUGAAGUGUAGCUCAAUAGACCAUCAACCAUACUCAACUAUUUCUAAUCUUGCCUCUUCUUUUAACAGGCUGUUGUGGAAAUUAUUUAGAUUUCCAAGAGUGUUUAUAGAAGAAUUGGCAUCUUCAGUGGGAGAAACUCAUGAGAAUGUGAUUAAUCAUUUUUUUGGUCUUUGAAAGUUGUGGUGAGAGAAGAAAGCUUUAAAAAUUUUCAUGUAUUUGAAUACAGAGUAUGGACAUGAAAUUGCUUGGAUUUUGUGACAUUAGUACUUGAGAAGACUAUACAUCUUUUCUAUAAACAAGUGAAGCACCAGUAACAUCACCAACUGCACCUUUUCCUCCUCCUUGUGGGCACAUGUGAGCUUGUCAUUCUUCUCUUCUCUCCUCAUGUACACCCACCCUCCUCCCAAACAGUUUUUCUGUCUCAUGUGUUCCACCUUGCACAACAGCUUUAGGAGUGUGCAUCUGUGACCUCUGAUGUUCUGUGUAUAGUCUAUACAUUACAUGUUUAGCACAAAGUUAAAAGAACAGUAGAAAAUCAAUUUAAAAAAUGUAACAAACAUAAAAACACUUGUCUUUAGUGUAGUUAUAUUUUGUAUUUAUACGUAAUACUAUUUAAAUCAUUGCAACUUUAUGUUGGCCAUGUUUUGAGGUAAGGUAGUCUGAUUGAGACUCUUGCAGUAGCUUUCUCACUGGUAAUGUUGGCUAGGCAAGUGAGACUUUACUCCAUAUUUUAAAGCAGCUGUACAUAGCCUAAGGAAGACCCUGAUGCUGCUCGCCAGUUGCUGCAUGACUGGUGGGCAGCAGCAGCAAUGGCAGAACUACCUAAGUUGUUAUGUAGAGAAAUUUGCUCUUGAGUUCAAGAUAUUUGCUCCUGCCCACCCUGCACCAUCCCAGCUCUCCUGUGCACUGCUCUUCCAUCUCCCUACACCACCACUAACACUCAGCCCUGCAUUUAAAACAUAGGUGCUUUUUCCCAAGUUAUUAGAAACUACACAUUUCUCAAUCUUUGUAGUAACAUUCCCUACUCCAAACCUUAUUACAGCUUCAAAAUAUCCGGAAGAAUGAUUUAAUGGCUACAGUUGUUCUGGAGAAAGCAGUGUCUCAGGUUUGCAGUGCAGGUCUGAGUUGUCAUGGUGUGUGUCGCAUCACAGCCCUGGGCAGUGGAUGCCUUGCCCAGAUCAUUUCCCAAAUAUAGAACUUGAUAUUUUUGUAUGUGAGAUUGAGCGUUUGUUAUUUUUCUUCACACAUCUUUGUCCUUUCCUUGUAAGCAUCCCUGCCUCCUCUCCCCACCUGCACCACAGACCAAGGUAAUGCUCCCUAGUGGCACCCCUCCCUCCCUAUUCACCACCUUAUACUGUUAAGUUAGUGAGUAAUGACAUAUCCUGGCCAGGUGGGUCAGGUGUUCAUUAGUAUAACCUGUGUAACCUCAGAUAUACUGUUAAGGUGCUGUGAUUUGCCAUGUGACUACUUCUGCCAGUGUCAACACCAUUAAAUUAUGAGAGUA